AUGUACUUCCCAAGGACGAAGAAUGAAUGGUGGUUCUCCGGGACAAUAACUUUACAGGCGGCUUUGAUUGUUAUUCUUGAAGUGUUCGGUAGUUUUGAUCUUCUGACCUUGAACAGCUACAUCCUGACACAAUGGCAAUCGUGGACUCUUCCCCAUGCAACACAGGUCCAGAUUUCCUACAUUGUGCCCGUUAGUUUAGCAUUGCUCAUAUUUGCCUGCAUCUACGCCGCUAUUCUUUCGUUAGAUGGUAUUCACUGCAAGAAUAAUAUCUUGCUCUUUGCACUUUGCGGUUGCAAUGUCUUGAUUUUGAUUUUCUCUGCCAUGCAAUAUGGGCAACUCAGAGAUGCGGUCAACAACCUGCCUCUCCAGCGCGAUUCCCAUUUGAACCCGCUCGUGAAACUGGACAUGAAUAUCUGGUCUUAUAUUCAGCCUGCACAGCUCGCGGCUAUCAUUUUCAUUGGCCUUUGCAGUCCCAUCACAUGGGUCGCUGCGUAUUAUCUACACAAAGAAUAUGCAUGGGCUCUAUACAGACAACUACAUGGUGACUCAAGUUUUAAAAUCCGCUAUCUUGCAUACGAGAUUUUCCUCGUUCUCAUCAAACUCGAUUUCUUCUUUUUGGUCGGGUUCAUCGUCCAAUAUGACCUAGUCGAUGUUCACUUUGAAGAGCCGGAGUAUUCUCUCACCUUGGCUCUGAUACCAGUUUCCUUCAUUAUCAUGUUGAUGGGGAUCUGGACCGUUCGUUCAGAAUGGAAGAUUGCCACGUUUAGCGUCAUUGUUUGCCUCAUUUUGUUGAUGGCAUAUUUGCUAAGCCGGAUCAUCAUUCUCUGCGGGCACACAUCCCGCGCGAAUACUGCCGGGAAGGACACGAUGUUGCUACUGGCCAUUACGUCGUUGGUCCUCACAUUCUUUACCGUCAUUUGCGUCAUUCAAUGUUUCUUCAACUUCGGUCAUGGGCUGGAGUCAAUUAUCGGCAAUAAGAAGCAGCCGUCACGGGAUUACGGUUACGAUUCCCAAACCAUAUCAAGUUCUAUGGAUGGUCAUUCGCUUGAAUUUUCGAAGCCAAACGCUCGGUUGUCAAUUGAAUAA